GGGUGCUGUUGUUCAAGGAGAAAGACCAUCACUAUUUGGUUGCGGGUAAUAUUUUUUAUUUUCUAAAUUAAUGAAAGACUGAGAAACUUCUCGACUAGCUUGAAUCCCACAAGCGCUUUGAAAAGCGAACCUCGCGUUCUCUGAAAGAAGAAUGCAUCCACCUGGACAACUUACUGCUGAGGAUUUUUCUCAUGGAGCGCGUAACGGCUUUAUUCGGCUGGUUUACAAAGUAGCAGGUAAACUUGGAAAAUAGCUAGGCAGCUAACUAGCCAACCUCGACUGUCCCCAAAAUCUGCUACAUUUCGGAAUUAGCAGCUUUUUGUUGGUUUCCGUUUGUAUUAAAUGUGAUGUGAAGAGUUGACAGAAAAGUUUGCUGGCAGCCCAAAGUGACAGAACUAGUUCCAGCCAGUGUCUGCUGGCGGCUCUCAACAUUAAACCUGUCGGAGCUGCUCCGUAACUUCAGCAGCCUGUAAGUUAACGAGGGGGGCUUCUGUUAAAAACUGUGUCCCGCCUUCAAAACUCUUCACUUCGAACUAAAAUGCGACAGUGCGGAGACCCCGGGAUAUAAAUCCCGCUCGUUUAUCGAGGCGGCUUUGCAUUGGCUCGAACAGUUUGGCGUGCGGCCUGCUGGUCAGGCUUUCGCCGCGUUCGGUUAAGGGCUCAAGCCGCGGUAGAGCGCGCUCGGCCCGGCCGCCUCUACCAACCACACUCCGCUUCGCUGAAGAGCCAUGGAGAGGAUGGAGGUGGACCAGUGCGCAGGCGCAGCUGGUGGAGGCGGCGCGCUGCGGCGGUCAAACAGCGCCCCGAUGAUCACCAACGUCAGUGAUGGGAUGACUGUGUUCAGCUCUAACAGCUCGGCCCGCUAUCGGCGGAGCAGCGUGUCUGUAAACCCAAGCUGCCCCUCCAGGACCCUCCCUCUUUCCCCAUUCUCCUUGUCCGGCGAGAGGCCUGACCACAGGCGGCAGAUGGAGAAUAUGGAACUCACACUCAGAGGGAGUUUACAGAGACUAAGUGCCUCAGGUGCAGUCCCCUUACCUCCUGCAAGUCAUUGGCAUGAGCAUCUUUCACCAGGAUUCCAUUCCCAGGACUCUGGUGUCACCCCUAAUUCUUCACCCAGUCCAACAAGAAGGUUCCGGGGGGGAUCAGUGAGUCCUGCUGUGAGAUGGCCUGUGGUUGCACCUUUGAAAAGAAAAGGUGGAGUGGAAUCCGACGGCCCACCUAAAAAACUCUUUGUUGCCGGAGUUACAGAAUCUGCCCACAUAACUAGCUGUACUGUCAGUGUUUCCCAGUCUGUGGACUCUCCCUCAGGAGCUGUGACCAUCUGUUCAAGCCCUCAGAACAGCCCUCUUUCACUUUCCCCUCCACCACCCUUCACCUCCCAUCACCCCGGCAUCUAGACCAUCCCACUCAGCAUCUUCAAGGCCAUCUUUGCCUGUUUGGAUCUUGAACUGGGGACUGAAAUCAGUUGGGCUGGAGUAAGAACAAUGUCUCUGUCCUCAUUGCUUAUCAAGCUUCCAGAGCUCUAUUGAGUAACUAUUGUGUUAAGAUCAGCUCUCCAUCUACGUGGUGCUUUAAGAGGAGUGUACUCCGCAGUUUCUGAAGAAAAUGUAUCUGAGAGGACUUUGAAAUAAAGAAAGCCAGUUGUAGUAUAAUUGAAGAAGAGCAGAAGACGGAAGAUUUAAACGUCAGUGUCAGGAAUGGCACUGUAUCAUCCAGUAUCAUAUAACCUGUUAAUAGUUCAUUUGCACCAAGGCAGUCUGUGGCUUUUUCACAGAGUCUCCUUGCAUUUGUGAAAUAAGUUCAGGAUUUACACGUGGCAGUCACAUUCAUAUGAGUGUUUUAGUGAUUUCAAACUACUUAUCCUUGACACAUAAGGUUUCUUUUGCCUAUUAUGAGCAUGCAAAUAGACAACAAGACAUGUUUUGCCUUCUUUUGCUUUAUUUUUAAGCAUUGGCACAACACAUUUUCUUAAAGUCUGCAACCAUUGAUGUGGUCCAAAGAGGUCUUCCGAAAUGUAAUUAUUAUGCAGAAUGUUAGACAGCUAGCUAGAAAGACUCGGAAAUCAGUGGGCUGUUUAGGCCACAACGCUGUUAAUGUGUAUG